AUGAUUCGUGUGACACGAAAUGAAAAUCUUUUACUUGUUUAUUCUAAAAACUUCUUGUUUUUUGAGUGGAAGCUUGAAAAGUCUGAUUUAAGAAAUCCCAAUGUUUUACGAAGCUCUGAAUUCAACCUUGGAGGUGCGGAAAAAAUAAACUCAAUUCUUGAAAUAGAGGUUAAUGAAGAGAUAAUAUUUUUUUAUCUGCAUAAUCCCAAACUUUUGGGAAAUGGAUAUUAUGUCCUUACAAUAUUUGACAAGAACAAUUCAUGUAUUAAGUGUAUCAGUAAGUCAAUAAUUGAUUUCACCGAAUUCGAUAAGAUUGAUUUGUUUGGACAUGAUUUCACACGUGUACCAAAUACCACUGAAUAUCCGAUAAUGGUUAGUUGUACAGCAAAAUCGUUAAACAACGACUAUUUCCCUACAUUGAAUGUUACGCACGAGAAAAGAAAGGAUGAAAUUUCUUCCGAUUUGAUGAAGAUUCUGAAAGAAGGUCUCAACACAGACAUCGUACUCACAACGGCGGAAGUGAGCAUCAAAGCUCACAAAAUUAUUCUUCAAGCUCGUUCCCCUGUGUUCUACAGAAUGUUUAGUCACGAUUCAAUCGAAGCCGCAGAAAAUGCGGUUGCCAUUUCAGAUAUUGGGGCAUCAACGCUUAAGAAACUGAUACAUUUUUUGUACACUGGUCGAAUGGAAAAGUGCAAUUUUGAUGAAGCCAUGGAGCUGUACUACGCUGCUGACAAGUAUGAAGUGCUGUCCUUACGAGACGACUGCAGGGAGGAAUUGCUGAGAAAUCUCGAUGUCAACAAUGCAUGUUCCCUGUUCACUUUGGCAAAUCGUCAUAACGAUGAAGAUUUUAGGAAAGGAGUCGUGCAGUUAGUAAGUGCUAAUUUUCCUUCUGUUGUAAACACGGAGUCGAUUAAUGACAUGAGCAAAGAUGAUAUGAUAUUGCUUAUGCGUUUAUGUGCUCCACGUAUUGAAAAGAAAUAA